AUGGCAGAUUCAAAAGUAAAUAGAAGAAGCGUUUUUAUACAAAGAUUGAAAGAAAUCUACGAUUUAGCUACUGCUGCUACACAGAACCCAGCUAAAAUUAAUGAUUUUAAAAUACGAUAUUCGGCGUUAGAAUCAACAUAUAAUGAGUUUGAUAGGUUGCAUUUGGACAUAAUUUCUGAUAAAAGAGUAACGGAUGUAAUGCUUGAGCAGCAGGAGCUAAUUCGAGCGGAAGUUGAUGAUCAAUACUUUUCAAUUAAAAGCAUUUAUAGUGAACUUUGUAUAAAAUCUGAAAUAUCCAUGAUGGUACCACCUUCGCCACCAGGCCAGAGCCAUAAUUUGCCGCCUUACCUAAAUUUUAAUCUUCCCCGUUUAGAUAUACCUGUUUUCUCAGGCAAUUUAAAACAGUGGCCGACAUUUUUUGAUUUAUACAGGAGUUCGGUGCAUAAUAUGAACUUUUCCGCUUCACAAAAAUUUCAAUUACUGCUUACUCUCGUAACCGGAGAACCGCUCAGUUUAUUGAGAAAUAUUCCUAUAACUGAUGACAAUUACGCAGUAGCCUACGAUACUUUAAUAAAAAGAUACGACAAUAAACGGCUUUUAUCGACUCAUUACUUCAAUGAAAUAAUGAACAUUUCCAAAAUUUCAAAUCCAUCGAAUCAAGCACUGCGUAAUGUUGUUGAUAAGUUUUGUGAAAAUGUGGAGGCAUUAAAAUUAUUGAACUUUCCUACUGCGGAAUGGGAUUUUUUGCUUUUUAAUUUACUCUUAAUGAACAUCGAUUCUGAUACCUUACAGCGAUUUGAAAUGGAGCACGCAAAAUUUGAUAUACCCACUUUUGCGCAGUUGAAAUUAUUUCUGAAUAACAGGUGUAAGGUUUUAGAUACGUUGACCUAUACUCAGGAAGAAAAUAAAUCAAAAAAUGCCGGAACCAUUUAUAAUAGUAAGUCUUUUGCCAGUAACCGUCAACAUAAGUCAGGUUCUAGGAAUAAUGGUGAUCACUCCAAAGCAUUUUUUACUAAUACUCCUUCUAAUAACGUUCCUACAUUGAAUUGUGGUAUCUGUAGGACCCAGCAUUCCAUUAUAAACUGCUCCGUCUUUUUAAGUAAGACUCCUCAUGAGCGCUAUUUACUAGUUAAACGCAACCGUUUGUGUGUGAAUUGUUUGAGUUCGUUUCACAAAUUUUCGAAAUGCAGUUCUAAUAAGACCUGUUCUUCUUGUACGAAACGCCAUCAUUCUUUACUACAUUUCGAGUCGGCACAUGGUAAUGAACGUAGUCCACCUAAUGACGAUGUUUUGCCCAGUGCUAAUGACUCUUCCGUAGAUCAACCACAUUGUGGCACCACUUCCAUAAAUUCUAAUAGUGCAUUUACGCUCCUUGCGACUGCAAAAGUGGAUUUUCUGGACAGCCAAGGUUAUUCCCACACAGUUAGAGUACUACUGGACAGCGGAAGCCAAGGCAAUUUUAUAUCCGAAAGAUGCUUUAAGAAAUUAGGACUUUCCCGCUCUCGUUUGAACAUUCCAAUUAAUGGGUUAGGUAAUAUGACAUCUGUAUCGUCGAAUGGUGUUACUUGUUGUACGGUCCGCCCGGUGGGUAAGAACACACCUUCUUUUCCCAUAGAAUGUAUCGUUUUACCGCAGAUUUGCUCUUACAUGCCUUCUGUAUCUUUCAGUCGCGAGAACUGGUCACAUUUGGAGAAUUUAGUCGUUUCUGAUGACACCUACAAUACUCCUGGACCUAUAGAUGCUCUCUUCGGGUGCGAGUUAUUCCCUUUAAUUUUGUUGCCUGAGAAGGUGUGCGGUAAAGAGUUGGAACCUGUCGCAUUCAAUACAUUAUUUGGCUGGGUAGUGAUGGGUAAAAUUGAUCGUAUAAAAAGCAAGUCCUCAUAUUCCUGUUGCACACUAUUGGAAGAAAACCGGGAUAUUAAUAAAACUCUUCAAAUGUUUUGGGAAAUGGAGGAAGUUCCAAGUAGCAAGACUUCAUUAACCCUUGACGAUCCCACUGAAAUUUCUUUUAACGAGACUCAUUCUCGAACUCCUGAAGGACGUUUUAUCGUUACUCUACCGUUUUCCAGUUUUCUGACUCACGCUCCAUAG